AUGGCUGAAGAGAAUUUCACAGUGGUUACUGAGUUUAUUCUUUUGGGCCUGACAGAUCAGGCUGAAUUGAAAAUUGUGCUUUUUGUGUUGUUUCUGGUGAUUUAUGUUGUUACCUUUGUGGGAAAUCUGGGCAUGAUCUUCGUAAUCCACAUCACCCCCAGGGUGCACACACCCAUGUAUUUUUUCCUCAGCUGCCUCUCUUUCAUAGAUGUCUGUUAUUCAUCUGCAAUUGCGCCCAAAAUGCUGGUAAACCUCCUGGUUGUGAAGGGAGCCAUAUCAUUCCUUUCUUGCAUGGUGCAGCAUUUGUGUUUUGGGGUGUUCGUUACAACAGAAGGCUUCUUGCUGUCCGUGAUGGCAUAUGACCACUAUGUUGCUGUUGUGAACCCUUUGCUUUACAUUGCAGCCAUGUCUAAGAGAAAGUGUGUAGUGCUGGCCACUGGCUCAUGGCUGUGUGGAACAACUACCUCAUUAAUACACACAGUAAGCUUGGGGAGACUGUCCUUCUGUGGACCAAAUGUUGUCAGCCACUUCUUCUGCGAUAUUCCCUCACUGUUAAAGCUGUCAUGCUCUGAUACCUCCAUGAAUGAGUUACUGCUGUUAACCUUCUCUGGAGUCAUUGCCAUGGCCAUCUUCUUGAUCGUCAUCAUUUCCUACAUGUUCAUUGUUGUCGCUGUUCUGAGGAUCCGCUCAGCAGCGGGCAGAUGGAAAGCCUUCUCCACCUGUGCCUCCCACCUGAUUGCUGUGACCGUCUUCUAUGGGACCUUGAGCUUCAGUUACAUUCAGCUGAGCUCCCGAUAUUCUGUAGAAAAGGAGAAGGUGGUUGCUGUGUUCUACACACUAAUGAUUCCCAUGUUGAACCCAUUGAUUUAUAGUCUGAGAAACAAGGAGGUGAAGGAUGCGAUGAAAAGAGCCGUAGAAAUGAGGUAUUGA